UCAAGGAAUGAGUCCCAGGGUCUUCGUGGUUUACAAAUUGAUUGCCUCUACUGUAGUUUUUGGACCUGUUGCUUGUUUUAUAGUAGGAGAAGCUCAUGUAGGGAGGCAUUCAGUGUAAAGAGCUUAUGUAUGAUUUUUCUACUAUCAUUUCUGGGGAUAACCAUCUUUCUGAAUUUACAGUUUGAGGGCAUUCAUUUGGCAUCUUCUUCGAUUGCAUCUGCAAUGAGCAACCUAAUCCCUGCGGUUACAUUCAUAAUUACAGCCUCCAUUGGAUGGGAGAAAAUAGAAAUUAGAAGCAAGAAAAGCAUGGCCAAGGUUCUUGGAACCAUUUGUUGUGUUACCGGAGCCAUUAUCAUCUCAUUUCUAAGGGGUUCCAAGAUCUCAAACUUGAAAUUUCAUACACAAAAUUCUAUGUUUUUAUUGGGUUGUGUCCUCCUUGCAAGCCAGUGUCGCCAGUCAUUAUGGAUGAUUUUGCAGGUCCCUGUGUCCAAGUUUUGUCCUGAUAACCUCUCUUUCUCUGCUUGGACGUGUUUCAUGGCAACCUCACAAUCAGCUGUUCUGACAUUAUUUCUAGAAUCAGACCCAACAUCUUGGAACAUAAAAUCAAGCUUUGAACUUCUUUGCAUCUUAUAUGGGGGGAUUGUAGGAUCUGGAUUAUCCUUUUUUCUCCUACCUUGGUGCAUCUCAAAAAGAGGACCCCUGUUUGCUGCAAUGUUCAGCCCCCUAUCCACUGUGAUUACCACCAUUUUGGCCUCUUUAAUUCUUCACGAAGAUCUUUUCAUUGGCAGUUUGUCAGGUGCUAUACUUGUAAUUGGUGGUUUAUAUGCUGUGCUAUGGGGAAAAACCAGAGAUUUAACAGAUAUUAAAACAGAUGAAAGACCAAGGAAUGAAUCCACCAUGAGCUGCAAAAUUAACUUGGAGGAACCUCUUUUAGCACAUGACAAAUCUCUUGGUGUUGGUGAGGGAUGAAGUAUUGAAGGCUUUAUUAGUCAUGAUUUGUGGUUUAUAUGAAAUAAAUGUUCUAUUAUGAAACAUUAAUCAGUUUGGCAGGUGCCAUAAUUGUUAUUGGUGGUUUAUAAGCUGUAUUAUGGAGCAAAACCAGAGAUUUAAUAAACAUGAAAACAGAUGAGAAGACCACGAUGUAAAGAAACAACAAUUUUAUGGAGUGUUUUUCAACUAACAUCACUGCAGGUUCCA